AGCACAGCGGCAGCCGCGGAGCCGGCAUCGUGCUGCUGCUGCCUUCUCCCUUCGGAAGCAGCAGCUCCAUGCCCGAUUUUAAGCUCACUUCCUUCCAAGGCAGAGCAGCAGAGUGGGACUGACACGAGACUCACUGUGCAUGAAGAUUCUUCUUUUUAAGUUUCUACUUGCAGAAGUGACUAAGGAGACCUCCUGCUCCAUCCCACCCCACGUGCAUUGCAACAACUUGGAAGGAAUCAUUUUUCCUUUUGCUUUUUUCUUUUUCUCCUCUUCCCCCCUCUUUUCUUUUCUUCUUCUCUCAAUCUUUGCUCUGCCUGCUGUGUUACCUCCUGCAAACCUGGCUGACCAUGAACAGCACACACUUCACCUUUUCAUUUCAGCCUGUGCUGCUUAAUGUGACCGAGGACAUCAGUGACUCCAUUCUCAACAACAGGAGCAGUGAUGGAUUUUGUGAGCAGGUCUUCAUAAAAGCUGAGGUCUUCUUGACUUUAGGGAUCAUCAGCCUGCUGGAAAACAUCCUCGUCAUUCUCGCAGUGCUGAAGAAUGGAAACCUACAUUCUCCCAUGUACUUCUUCCUCUGUAGCUUGGCUGUGGCAGAUAUGUUAGUGAGCACGUCAAACGCCUUGGAGACCAUCAUGAUUGCAAUCCUGAGCAGCAGCUAUUUGAUCAUCGACGACCACUUCAUUCAGCACAUGGACAAUGUUUUUGACUCAAUGAUAUGCAUUUCUUUGGUAGCCUCAAUUUGCAACCUCUUGGUUAUAGCCAUUGACAGGUACAUAACUAUUUUCUAUGCCCUCCGUUACCACAGUAUCAUGACCGUGAAGAAAGCUUUAACCCUAAUUGUGCUCAUCUGGAUCUCCUGCAUCAUCUGCGGCAUCAUAUUCAUUGCCUACUCGGAAAGCAAAACUGUCAUUGUCUGUCUCAUCACCAUGUUCUUUACCAUGCUCUUCCUCAUGGCCUCCCUUUACGUUCACAUGUUCCUGUUUGCACGCCUGCACGUGAAGCGCAUCGCAGCCCUCCCUGUGGAUGGGGUGCCCUCCCAGCGGACCUGCAUGAAGGGCGCCAUCACCAUCACCAUCCUGCUGGGUGUCUUCAUUGUUUGCUGGGCGCCUUUCUUCCUUCACCUCAUUCUCAUCAUUUCUUGCCCGAUGAAUCCAUACUGUGUCUGCUACACUUCACACUUCAAUACUUAUCUGGUCUUGAUAAUGUGCAACUCAGUAAUCGAUCCGCUCAUUUAUGCCUUCCGGAGCCUGGAGAUGAGAAAGACUUUCAAAGAAAUAGUUUGUUGCUGCUAUGGUGUGAGCGUGGGACAGUGCAUGCUGUGAGCUCCCGGCUUUGUGUGGGAGCAGAGGAAGCAUACAGUAGGUGUAUGAAUGUGUACGUGGACAUAGCUACACAGCAGCUUCAUUUUAAAAGCACUGCUUGAAGAAAGGGCACGGGAAAGAAGCUUCUGUUUAAUGCCUUGAUUUAUGCUUCUCAAGAUGCAAAGAUUCAACACAAUGAUUUGAAGCAUUUAAAUAGCCGUAACAAAGUGAAGUCCAAAGGAGCUUGCAAAAUAGAUGAAAAAUGUGAAAUGAGGAAAAAAGAAUCCUGAAAGUGAACGUUACUCCACAGAGAAUGGAACAAUAUUCUGUCUCUCUCCUCCAUCUGCACCUGUUGCUUUAUCUCUGUGCCUCUAUCAGUGAAGUCAGCGUUUCUUAAUAGAUUCCCUUAGGAGCCUCUCUGGAAAGCUUCUCACCCACAGCCAAAUCAAAACGCAGAGAAGUGACAGCUUUGCUCUGAUGUCUCCACCUUUUAAUAAAGGAACAGACUGACAUUUGUGCUGCUUGCUAUAAAGCAAACCAAGAAAAGUCUUAAAAGGAUGAAAGCAAACCGUCCCUGGCACUGAACUGUUUCCUUCUGUAAAGUCAGCUCAGUGAGAAUGAACGACUGUGUGAUAGUGCCAUUCACACAGCUGAUGGGUGGAAGUGACUCCUUUGAAGAUGCCAAUUACGUUCCUUAUUGUGGGAUAACAGUAUUACAUCCUCAGAACAUUUUUGAAGCAGUGGAUUGCACUGAUUAAUGUAUUUGGUAUGUUGAUAAAUCGGAUGUCUCAUUUUGAUAAUUAUCAUCCAGUGAGAUUCAUCCCUUGAGAACUUCGAAGGCCGGGGGGGGUCUGAAGGCAGAGCUGAAUAUAAUGAAUAGCUAAGAUGCCAAAUCACUUAACACAAAGCUGCAUUAAAUCUACUCAGACUCUUUGCAAACAGCCAUUUGGCUGAGUGAGGUACCUGCUAACAGGCAGAUGUGGCUCUAUGCACUGAUCAGUGUAAGCCCUGGGUCAGCCUGUUUUUACUUAAAGAGCUUUAACCCGACAUCAGUGGACGAACACUCCUGCGCUGAAAUCAAGAAAGCAACACGUCCUUUGCAGCCAUUUUUUGUGCAAGUUGUUGGCAUGUAAAGCACACAACUUCAGCUACAGUAGUUCAGUCUUUUCCUCUGCUUCUUGUAGGAACAAAGCACACGGGAGGCCCCCAGGUAGCACCUCGUAACCGAGCAAAGGCAGACGUGAGCUGUGUGUAUUACAGUGUACAGGCUGUACUGCUACCAUCACAGUGCCAUACUAAGAAAACUCUAAGCCAUGUUAAAGUCUGCUUAGCAGCCUUCUGAUAUCUUGCUUCUAGUAAAGGCAGUUGCCUGAAACCCUCAGGAAAACAAAGUCUGUUGCUUUCAAGCAGCUAAAAGCUCUCAUUUGGUUUAAGUCUUUCUCUCGUUUCUUCCUUUCAGUGCAAUUGCUAGGUUAUUUCUGGGGCUCUCCCUGUCAGUCCUGCAGACCAGAGCCUCCCAGCCCCUCCUGCCUCCAGUUCUGCAUUCACACACCAUGGCCCAGCCCAGCUCCCAGCUGAUGGGAUUUUACUGCUGGCUCUGGAACACAGCUCUUACUGCCUGCAGGAAAUACGUCUCACUGACUCCAAACACUGGUCUAGAAUAUUUGACUGUGUUUUACUCUCAGCAUCCUACAACAUAUUUAGAGAGCAUGCAAACUUUCUAAUCCUGUUGAGUGUAUCAUUUUCAUAGGGUCAAGAACCCUCUCUCCCUGUGCUCCAACUACAUUCUGCCCGUCAGCCCAAACCAACCUCACGUCCACCAUUUCCCUUGCACUCUCACCACACCUGAAGUUCCCUUGUCAAGUUCUCAUCUCCUCCCACAAACCCAUUCCGCAGCCUUCCACCACCCCAACAUUCCCACCAUUCCACCAUUCACCUAACUUCAUGAAUACAUUUAAAAUAAAAGAAUUCAGAAAAAUCCUACACCAAGGUCCCUUGGGCACAUAGCAGAGCAGGUAUAGAUGGCAUUUCCACCAUGGUUCAGGCAGCGACCAGAGAAAAUCCCAACAGCCAGCAGUAAGCUCAAGCUGAGUGCUCUCAGCCCAUAUCUGCAUCUCACAAAUCGCAGCUGGGCAGUGGUAAAGCCUGUUUUGUUGGCUCCGGCUUUUGCAACAGCAGAUGUGGUACAUCAAGAUGAACUGAAAUCAGCAUAGGAUAUCUCAUAACAGACCUUUUCUUGCUGUGCAAAACUUUACCUACUUGUAAAAAUCCCUCCCUGCUAUCAGCAUUAUGUACCUUAAUUCUACAGA